AUAUGCUCCCGCUGAAGCGACUCCACUCUGCCUUGCAGAGCUUUACAAAAUCCAACCUCAGCCGAUGACUCACUUAAGGACGGCGUUAGGCGAAGAUAUUUCCUAUGACUUAACGGAAAAAGGUCUUCGUUCUCAUCAUAGUGAGCCUCAUCUUCAAGAAAGAUCGCAGCGCUUGGGAUGAUUUUAGGCGCGGCGUAUUCCCUUUGGCUAUAUAAUCGUUUGAUUUUUUAAAAUUUAGAACCUGAUUUCCUCCAUAAAUUCCUGACGAGAAGAAAUAAUAAAAUCCCUCUUUCUCUCUGUGUCACGGCAACUCACUUUCCCUGAUUCAGGUUGGGAUGAAUUAGCCCACGUCUAGCUCGAUCAAAUAAGGGUUUCUCUCUGUUCUUUCCCAGAUUGUUCUAGGUAUUGCUUGUGGGAACAAAAACAAGAAAUGCAGAAUUGCAACUUAGAUUUGGGAUUAGUAUCGCCAGUACCAGAAAUGCAUCUCCUUCGCCCACACGGGAGACUUCUACUCCAGCCGAAAAUCCCAAGUUUGGGAUUAGGACCCUUGGGUUAGAGAAAGCCCUAAGUAACAGUAGCAACUUAUAUUUCCAUUCUUCUACUUCUUUGGCCUACUUUGCGGGAACCAUGCUCUGUCUGCCGACUCGGUUUUCACCCGUGAUGUCUUUCUGUACAGUUCAUGCGGUGAGUAGUUCACACCACAGAAUUUGCAAGCGUUUUCCUAUUUUUCUAAAACUUUCUUCAUCAUCAUCAUCAUUAUCUGCACUUAAAGCUAUGGACUUUAUUGAUGAAACAACCAACAAUGACUCUAGCUACCACGAAUUACAUCUCAGCAUGCAAGGCCAUGCCUCCUCUGGUAACUUUGCAAAAGCCCUGGACUUUUUGAACUCAAUGAGAAAUGUGCCAGGCAAACCCACUGUGUAUGAUUUCAAUGCUUUGCUUUACUCUUACUUAAAGUCACAAAGUGUAUUAUUAGAAUAUGUGGUUCAGGUUUACCAUGGAAUGGAAAGAUUCGGGCCCACCCCAAAUUCUUCGACUUUCAAUGUGCUUUUGAAUGGUAUGCUAUCACUUGGUCAUCUAAAAGAUGCUUUUGUGAUUGCUGAAAAGAUGGUUGGGGGUGGGUUCUUACCCUCGUUUACUUCUUUGUCGAAAGUCUUGAAAAAGAUGCUUCAAGUUGGGGAUUUAGUUAACUCAAUUGGUGUUUUUAAGCUUAUGUUGAAGUUGGAGUAUUUUCCGACCGAACCCAGUUUGAGUUUGUUGAUUUCUAAGCUUUGUGAAGCCAGGAUGAUCCAAGAGGUGUGGUUUGUAUGCUAUGCUCUUAUCAGUAAGGGUCAUUUUUUUGGUGCUUAUGUCUAUAACCCUAUACUUUGGGCUUUGUGUAAAUCUGGUCAGAGUUAUAAUGCUUUGGAAUUGUAUUAUUGGAUGAAGAGGAAGGGUAUUGUACAUAAUGCGUGCUCUUAUACUGCUUUAAUUUAUGGGUUUGGUAGAGAAGGUUUAUGGAGAGAUCUUCUUGGUUGUUUAAAUGAAAUGGAGAGUGAUGGAUGUAAGCCUAGUGUAAUAACAUAUACUAUUAUUAUUAAGUUUCUUUGUGGUGAAGGGAGGAUUGCAGGGGCGUUAGAAUUUUUGACUAAGAUGGAAAGGGAAGGAUGUGAACCAGAUAUGACCACAUACAAUGUGAUUCUUCAUGAACUUUGUCUUCAAGAUAGAAUGGAUGAAGUCGUUCACUUACUUGAUAUGAUUGAGAACAAAGGAUUUUCUCCCAAUUCAUACACAUAUGCUGCUUUGGGCGGAGGCCUGUUAAAAACAGGUAAGAUUGGAAUUGCUUGUGAACUAUUGCUUGGUGUGAUUACAAGGGGCUGCUAUGUGGAUGUUGCUGUGUACAAUAUAUACUUCCAUUGUCUAUGUCACGAGAAUAGAUCAAAAGAAGCACUAUAUUUAUUGAAGAAAAUGAUGGAAGAAGGUUUAAUGCCUAGUAAUGUGUCAUUUAACACAAUUUUAAAGGGUUUCUGUAGAGAAAAUAACAUUUCCAAGGCUUUGAAGCUCUUGGACUGCUUUAAGUGGGAUGAAAAUGGGCCUGAUGUGAUUUCCUUCAAUACGAUUUUGUCUGUGGCAUGCAAACAGAAAAAGCAUUCCAUGAUCCAGAGGGUAUUGAGUCGUCUGAAGAAUGGAGGUGUUCAGCCUAAUGCUGUUAGUUUGAAUUGUUUGAUUCAGUACUUUUGUAAGGUUGAAAAUUUUUCAGACUGUUUGAAGCUCUUGGAUUACAUGACGUGCAAUGGUUCUAGUCCCACUAUUGUCACUUUUAAUGUGCUGCUAGGCAGCCUUUGCAAGAAUGGUUUAGUUGGAAUUGCACAACAGGUUUUUAAGCAUCUCAGAAACACUGGAUUUUUCCCUGAUAAAACUUCUUAUAAUAUUCUUAUUCACGCCUUCAUAAGAGAGGGCAAUAAAGUGAUGGUUAAUCAGUUGGUUAAUGACAUGUACAGCCAAGGACUAAAACCAGAUCUCUUUACCUAUGGGUCCUUAAUUAGUGGCCUCUGCAAGGAAGGCAAGGCAUCUGUUGCUCUUAAGCUGAGGGAUGAAAUGGUAGAGAAUGGGCUUGCCCCAAGUAUUGUAAUUUACAAUACCCUAUUGGAGGCAAUGUUCCAGAGAGGUACUUAUUCAGACAUUUUCUCGUUAUUGAAAGUUCUGGUUCUAGAAGGCUGUCAACCUAAUGAGACAACUUUUGAGAUCCUUAACCGACCAAUGUGCAAAAGUUGGAUGAAGAGAUCGGUUGAGGUUGCAAAAUUUCGGGAGCUUGUGGAUGAAUGCAAAGCUAAUUGAUUUAGGGUCAUUGACUCCAUAUAAAGCCUUUCUCUUAAGCAGUGAAGAAUUUUCCAAAAAGAUUAAAAUCUCCAGUCAGGCAGAAAUUCACCAUAAUCUUCAGAAAUGAAGAGGUCAUGGACUGCUAUCUAUGCUUCAGCCGAAAUUCAGUGGUGUACUAGAUCACUGUUGAGAAAACAGUUCUGGAGCAAGCAAUAGCCGAUAUGAGCUUCAGGGAAAAUAUGUUUUGCCUGGCACGUGACAUUGCAACCCCGCUGGAAGGGAAAAGUGUGUCUUGUUGGAAAGGGCAAUGGCUGGGUAUCUGGGUAGUGUCAUAUCUUCUAUGGGGAAGUUCCUAGAGCUGAGGUUGCUGAGAUGCUUUCCCUAGCCCGACUUGUUUCUCGAAGUACAGAUCCUGCUGUCCAUUCAAGAUCAAAGGAUCUCUUUAUUCGAAGUUUGCAGUCGGUGGGAUUAUAUAUUGAAAGCCUUAAAGAACUACUCAAGGUUAUGCGGGACAUUAUACUCCGUUAAAUGAAGUUAUUCUAGAAGACAUCUUCCAGGUUUAACUGAUUUUAGAGGUAGGUAGUUAGCAUGGCUGUUGUGAUGCAAGUGGUGGUGUCGGCGAUGGGGAUACAAUUGUAUGUAUCCUUCCAAUCCUUGCCUGGGUUCAAAUAUCAUCCAAUAUCUCUGUGUCUAGAGAAUUCACUUAUGAAUAUCAAAAUUUCAAAGAGAUGGAUACUCAUUUUUUGGGACACAAAUAAUAGUAGAUCAAAUGAGGUUUCUCUGAGAUAAUAGGCAUAACUCUUGCUAAUCGAACUUAGGAAAUGUAUUAGUUAGAGGGGGAAUACAUAGCAGCCAUGGUUGCCUUUGGUUCUUGGCAUGUAGGCUUUGUCGUCUAGUAAUUGGUUUUAUCAUUAUAUCUCUUUUGUCAAGCAGAAUUUGAUUUUCAUGGGGAGGUUUGGGAGUGCGGAACCUUCAAAUCUCAGCGUGUUCUGGCAGUUGGUGCAUACAGCAACGAGGGUGGUUUGCACCUGGAAAAUAUGUUUAUUCAGAAAGAUAAUGCUACAAUUCAUGCAGAUGAGACUUUUGUUAGGGUCUAAAACGAAUCUUCACUUUGUUGUUGUAAGUUUUCUUAUUUUUGGUUCAUUAUCUUUGUUUUGUUGGAGAUCUUAAAAUUAAAAAAAGGUUCCGUGGGCCUCCCUUUCCAUGGAGAGACCUUUGAGUUGCUCAUUCCUAGCUACUCUCUUGACCUUAAACCAUUCAUCAAAAGAAGGAUUCAAAGGGACACCAACUAUAUAUCUUCAUAUACUAUUUAGUACUAUUAAUUUGAUUGUAAAUUUCCAUAAUCAUUAUCAAAUUAAUCUAAUUUGGUUUACAUCAA